AUGAUGACGGCGGAACUCCAGUCGACGGUCGAGUCGGAGCCGAGCGACCAGACCUCGGAUUCAGAGUCGCUGUGCGUGGACGGGCCGCCUGCAUGCGAGGCGGCGCCGGCGGGAGCCCAGCGGCAGGGCACAGCCCUCUUUGAUGAGGCGCUGCGGCGGGCGCGCACGGCCUCCUUGGCGGAGGACCAGCAGCCCUACGCGCAGGUGGUAUAUUGGUGCGUCGGCCGCGCCGCUCCGGUGCGACGCCACUGCAUCGCGAUGCUGCAGUCGCCGUGGUUUGACCGGACCAUCAUGCUGCUCAUUGGGAUCAACACGCUCCUGCUGAUCUGCGUGCCCGCGGCGAGCAAGUGGCAGUACUGGGCGCACCGCGAGCUCGUGCUCAACGCCACCACCCCAGGCGGCUGCGGCCCCGACGACCCUUGGCUCGAGGGCAACCACGGCGGGCCUGGCUACUGGGACGAGCUGCGGCGGUACGACCGGCAGGCGGACGAGCUGUACUACGUGGAGGUGAUCUUCCUCGCGCUCUUCAUGUUCGAGAUGCUGGUCAAGAUGAUCGCGAUGGGCUUCGUCCUCGAGCGGCGCUCGUACCUCCGCGACGCGUGGAACUGGCUCGACAUGAUA